AUGUCAGAGCCGAAUUCUGAAAACAGGGUGAUACUGCCUUUACCAUUCUUACUAGAUGCUUCAGCUGCGGCUCCAGCACAUUCGCUUCCUCAUCAUAUGAACUCGUUUCGGUUUGGAAAUGUGCCCACUCAAGAGGAAAGCUUUGAGCAGUUUGAUCUCUCGAACCCACCACUUCCUCCUCCAGCGAUUCAUUCCAAUGUACAAUUACAACAUAGGACACCUCAUACACAGCAACAACAAACCAUAGAGCCUCCUCGCAUCAUUCAAGGCAAACGUCAAUUGAGCACUCGAAACUACAAAAUGUACGAUGGAAAGACGGUAUUCUUUUGUGGAGGAAGAUUUUUGACGAGUACAGCCUUAUGGGCUUUUUGUAUAUCGUUAUUUCUGGUGGUUAUGCCUUCGGUCCUGUUCCUCAUUUUCACAUGUCCUUGGUUAUGGUAUCAUAUUUCGCCGGCUGUGCCCAUCGUUUUUGCAUACAUCUUUUGCAUCACACUCAGUUCGAUGCUCAAGACAUCGUGGACGGAUCCUGGCAUUAUACCUCGUAAUUUAGAUAUCAAGAGCAUGAACCCACACAAAAACGACCCCAAUCGAUUUGGAUACAGGUACUCUUCCAUGUCUGAUGUGAGCAGCUUUCCUCUACCCAAGGAAGUGAUAAUCAAAGGCGUUCCAGUUCGACUCAAGUACUGUGAAACAUGUUGCAUCUAUCGACCACCUCGAGCUAGUCAUUGUAGACAAUGCGAUAAUUGUGUAGGCAGGUAA